AUGUUAUCAUCAGUAUUGGCUAAAAAACUUCAGGUCAUUGGCGAAAUAUAUCUGUUAAAUGCUGGUAUUUUUAAUUUAACCGCUGGAAUUAUUGGUAAUAUUUCAAUGAUUUUGGUGUUUGCUACUCUGAGAGUUUUUAAAGGAAAUCAAUCCGCUUUUUAUUUUAUUGUCGAGUCAAUCUCCAAUAUUGGUUUACUCCUUGCAAUAUAUGUAUCAAAACUUCUCAUUUAUAUUCUUGGCUAUGAUCCAAUUCUAAGGUCAAUCAGUUGGUGCAAAAUACGAACCAUGGUGUUACAAAUAUUUGCUUUAUGUUCUCUAUUUGAUGUAUGUUGUCUUUCUUUUGAUCAAUAUUUAUCAACAAAUCUUCGAUUCAGUUGGCGACAAAUGAGUACACUUAACUUAGCUCAUUAUCUUACAUAUUUCAAUAUCUGUUUUGCCACAUUGAAUAGUAUAACUUGUCUCAUUUUCACUGAGAUUCAACCAUCAAUGGGUUGCAGUAUAUACAAUCCAAUACUUAAACGUUAUUAUUCUUUUUUCUAUUAUCCGGUUAUUACCAGUAUUUCCCCAUUAACAAUUACUCUGACAACUAGUUUAUUGGCUUAUCACAACGUUCGUCGGAUUAUACGACGACAACUACCAGUAUACCGUCGACGCCUUGAUCGUCAAAUGACAGCAAUGACUUUAGCACGUGUUAUGGUUCUUAUUAUAGGUGGUGUACCAUAUGUUUGUAUUUCUCUAUAUCAACUUAAUGUAAACAACAGUGAAAAUAAUUCUACCGAAUUGGCAAUCGUUAGCUUCUUAUUAUCAAUAACUACUUCAUUUAUGCAUGCUAAUUUUGUGGUCAAUUUUUAUGUCUUUUUGAUGGUAUCAUCACGUUUUCGGCGUCAAGCAAAAACUGUUUUGAUAAAAAAACCUUGGCGCUUGAUUAUAUCUCUAUAUGAUAGAACACUAACAAGUCCACAAAGAAAUCAAGUUUUUCCUGAAAUAGCUCAACGAAGUUUUUCUGCCAAUGAACCAGAAUAA